ACAUUAUCAUGAAUGAAUCAACAAAGUGAGAUGCAGUUUAAAUAAUCUGGGUCAAGUGUGAGAUGGCUGAGAGUGUACCCACAAUGGAAAGCUCAGAUGAGGAGGAGUUCAAUGAUACAUACGAUUGCUUCUGUGAAAUAAACUGUGAGGAAGGAGAGAACACUCAACCAUCACCACAGUAUGUUCCUCCACCAGGAGAAGUAACAGUUCUGAGUGCUGACCAGGAGACUGUUUCUCUUGGUUUACCACUCGCUGAUCACUCUGUUAGGUGUACACUGCAAAUAGAUUACUCCUACAUACAGAGAAGCAGUUUGAUCACACAGGACUCUGGCACUGUGAAGGUUGAGGGACUGAAUCCUGGGACUGAGUAUACUUUCAGCAUCACAAGGAUUGCAGACAAUGGAAAUCGAAGCAAAGCAACCACACUAUCUGUCUUCACAGAGCCCAGCCCUCCUGGUAACAUUGCUGUCUGUCAGGUCAGCAGUGAGUCACUGACUGUGCAUUGGGAGGCUCCUGCUGGUGAAGUGGAGAGUUACAUCGUGACUUGUUGCAGUAAGGGAGAAAUUGUGCAAGAGUUAACAACGGAGUCAAACAAACUGACUCUCAACAACCUGAAGCCAGGGGUGUGUUACUCACUCCAGGUCUCUGCACAAUUAAAGAAUGGAAGAAGAAGCAAACCAACUUCAACAUCUGCACGAACAUGUAAGUAAAAUAAAAUCACAAUUGCAAAAAAAAAAAUAAAAUAAGAAGAAGAAUACCUUUUCAAACAUUCCAUUAAUUAAUUAUUAAUAUACACUUUUUACCAUAACUCUGCAACGGCUUCCAAAAAAGAAUCAAAAUAAAAGAGGAAUAAUUUAGAUAAAAGCAAAUACAGUUUUGAUAUUAAAGAUAAAGGUGCCUUAAAUCUUUGAUAAACAAAGAUAUUUUCAGAGCAAUGUGGGCUUGUAGAGACAUUAAUUAAUGUUUAUUAAAUUCUGGGUGGCUGCCAGAGACAAUAUGUUUACCACAAACAUCCAAAAUACAUUUAUGAAAAUUUAUGCAAUAUCUCAAUGUCAUGUACCAACAAUUUCACAAUCUAUAUUAUUCAUUGUGUCUGGAAUAUUACAUAAAAACAACAAACCACAAUUGAACUUCACACUCAACAAACAAAUAAAUGCAAACUUUUUGGUUUUCUUUGAUAUUUUGAAUUGAAGUAAAAGAUCUAAGACUUUAUCUCAAAUUGGUUCAAAUUCUUGUUAGUGAGAGAUUCUCUUUUUCCAAGAUAUUCUAUUCACCUGACAGGAGUGGUAUAUCAAGUUGCUGAUUAAACAGCAUGAUAAAAAAAAAUACAUCAUUAUCAUUAAAAAGCAUUCAAUAAUUUUUCUUUCAUUAAAUAAAAAAAAAUCCCACUGACCCCCUGCAAAUAUAUUCAACUGACAAGUCAUGCAACUGCAACUGGGCUGCUUAAUUCUGAUGCAUUAUUGUCAGUUCCAUGGCAGCCUAGACUUUGAUUUCUUGUGCUAAAAUGGAAUUUUGAUGCUGAUUAUACCACCAGAGCAUAGUUCAGAGGGUUGUCAAAACAUAUGGUUUUAUCUUGCAAUGUUAACCAUCAAUGCAGAGUGCAAAUUGGGUUGCUCAAAGUUAUACAGUUUGACAGUAGAAUAAAGACAACUUACCAUAAAAAUUGUUUUGUCUAAGUCUAAAAGUCCAUUAUUUUAAAUGUUAUCAUGUG